AUGCCGCACGUGAGCAGUAGCGGCGGCGGCGACGAUCUCGGCAGCGAAGACGAGGUCAAGGUCUUCAAGGAUGAGGGCGAGGAGGAGAAGAGGUCCUCGGAGAACCUCACCGAGGACAAGAGCGACCUCAUUGACCUCACGGAGUCCGAGGAAAAGGGCGCGCUCGCCGGAGGGACCUACGCGACGACGGGAAAAACGUCGGCGAGAUCCGACCUCAGUCCCGUUUUCGGAAAGGUGGAUCCGACACCGCACACCUCCUCGUUCAACAUGGGCUACCUCGUCUCGCCGUAUCCGUAUCCCAACGGAGCCGGAGGACCUAUCCCCGUUUCUAUGAAUUCUCUGGAGUUUGACGACGACGAUGGUGACGAUGGUGACAAUGGUUUUGUCUCAGGAAUGCCCUUUGUCUGUUCGCUCCGGCGGAAGAACUACGGUAUUGUUCUCAUUGUAAAGAUAUUGGCGAGCGAACGACUUGCCAAGGAGGUGGAGAAAAAGAAAGAGAGAGAUAAGAGAGGGUUGUAA